UGAAAUUUUCGCAUUCUAUAAAGAACCGCUAAAAUUGAAUACGACAUUUCACGCUCUCAGUAUUCAUGAAGCUUUUCUUGAAACGCCAUUACACCUCUCUUGCUCACUGUCGGCACCUACUUUCCAUACCAUCGCAAAUUAUUCAGUUGUGUAGAUGUGGCUUCGUUUAUGAUGCCAUUGGAAUCCUCAAUUCCAUAAACUCCCAAAACAAAAUCACCUCAAAGCCAAUCCUAUACGCCACAAUUAUUCAAGCAUGCACCAAAGCGCAUUCAUUUACCAUCGGCCUCCAGCUUCACUGCUAUAUGCUCAAAUCUGGCCUAGAAACCGACCGUUUUGUGGGUAAUAGCCUUCUUUCUCUUUACUUCAAACUGUGCCCCAACUUUUCCGACGCCAGAAAUUUUUUUGAUGGUUUGUAUUAUAAGGAUGUUGUGUCUUGGACCUCGAUUAUCUCGGGAUACAUUCGCGUGGGAAAACCCAGAGAUUCGAUUGUGCUGUAUUUGGAUAUGCUUGAUUUUGGCAUUGAGCCUAAUGCGUUCACUUUAUCUGCCGUGAUCAGGGCGUCUGCGGAGCUCAGGGAGUUGCACAUGGGGAGAUGUUUACAUGCUGUUGUAAUUAAAUUUGGUUUUGGAUUUAACAAUGUGAUUAUCAGCGCCUUGAUUGAUAUGUAUGGGAGGAAUAACGAGCCCGGUGAUUCACUUAAGUUGUUCGAUGAAAUGCUCGAACCAGACUUUAUUUGUUGGACUUCAGUGAUUUCUGCGCUGACGAGGAGUGAUUUAUAUGCUGAGGCUUUGCAAUUGUUUUAUUUUAUGCACAGGCAUAAUGGGUUUUCACCGGAUGGGUAUACAUUUGGUAGUGUUUUGACUGCUUUGGGGAAUUUAGGUAGGUUAAAGCAAGGUAAAGAACUUCAUGCUAAGGCCAUUACAAUUGGGUUCUGUAAGGACAAUAUUUUCGUUGAGAGUAGUUUAGUGGAUAUGUAUGCUAAAUGUGGGCUAGUGGAUGAGUCCCGGAGUGUGUUUGAUCAAAUGGAGAAGAAGAAUUCAGUUUCAUGGUGUGCAUUGCUCGGGGGAUAUUGUCAAAAGGGCGCAUUUGAAACCGUUGUUCGGCUUUUCAGAAUGAUGGAGGUUGAUCUUUAUAGUUUUGGUACAGUUCUACGUGCCUGUGCUGGUUUGUCAGUUGUGAAGCUUGGAAAGGAGGUACAUUGCCAGUAUCUGAAGAGAGGUGGUUGGAACGAUGUUGUAGUUGAAUCAGCCUUAGUUUAUUUGUAUGCGAAAUGUGGCUCCGUGGACUUUGCAUAUAGGAUUUUUAAGAAGAUGCCUAUUAGAAAUUCUAUUACUUGGAACUCGAUGAUUUCGGGAUUUGCUCAAAACGGUAGGGGUGAAGAAGCGGUGAGGAUAUUCAACGAAAUGAUUCAAGAAGGUGUCAGGCCCAAUUAUAUAAGCUUCAUAGGCGUGCUUUUUGCUUGUAGCCAUAAUGGUUUGGUUGAUGAAGGUCGCAAGUACUUCAUCUCAAUGAGUAUGGAUUAUGGGAUUGAAGCUGGAAUUGAGCAUCAUAGUUGCAUGGUUGAUCUCCUUGGCCGGGCUGGCGAGAUAGAAGAAGCUGAAGAUUUAAUUAAAAAUUCGCAAUUUAGUAACGACUCAUCUCUUUGGGCUGCUCUGCUCGGUGCUUGUACAACAAGUACAAAUACUACUGUUGCAGAACGCAUUGCUAAGAAAAUGAUGGAAUUGAGACCUGAUUAUCAUUUGAGCUACGUACUUCUAGCUAAUGUUUACAGAGCAGUUGGACGGUGGAAUGAUGCUCAAAAAAUUUGGAACAGGAUGCAGAAGAAAGGGGUCACAAAAACACCUGGAAGGAGUUGGAUUGAAAAUAAUAGCAGCUCAAGUGUCUCAUUUUUGGUGAAUUCUAACAUUCCUGGAGAAAUGUACAAUGAUGAGAAAACCCUUUCUUUUAAUUAAAUUACUUUGUUGUUUAUUGCUGAUGUGGGCGUUCCUGGGGAUGGAGAGUGGGUGAUCUCGGUGAAGUGGUGUUAGAUCAACUACUAGAGGAUUAUUUUAGAGAAAUUUUCAAUAGUACCCAGCCCUCAGAAGUGCAGUUGGAAGCAGGUUCAACGGGGGUGACAUCAAUUCUCACCCCUGAGGAGGAGGUAGAUAUGGAUAGGGACAUCGACCGGCGGAAGUGGAGGAAGCCAUUAAAGAAUUGGGACCUUUUAAAGCCCCAAGGCCGGACUGGGUUUCAUGCGGUUUUGUAUUAUCAACACUGGGAUAUGUUGGAUUCGACAGUCACACAAGCGUUUGGAAGUUUUUGAAUCAUGGCAGAUCACUGCAGUCAAUAAACGGCACUAUUAGUUCUCAUUCCGAAAAACCUACCACAGAAGCAGUUUCUGACUUGAGACUGAUCAAUCUUUGUACCGUUGUUUACAAAUCGAUUUUAUAGCAAAUUGGAUCAAGUGAGGUCUACCCUCAAUCAUCUCUGAGCACUAGAGUCCCUCUGUACAAGGGAGACCGAUUACUGAUAAUGCCAUUGUUACUUUUGAAUGUCUCCAUUUUAUGAGUUGGAAUCUAAUGGCCGCGAGUUUUUGCCCUAAAACUAGGCUUAUAACCGAGUUGAGUGAUUUCUUAAUCAAAAUCAUAGAGAAGAUGGGAUUCUUGCAGAAAUGGUAGAAACUUUUCUACAAUUGGGCCCAAGUAGCCGGGUGGCACGACCUUGAACUCUUUAACAAAGCCUUGGUGGCCAAGCAGGCUUGGCGGUUGUUACAACACUGUGAUUCUUUGGCGGUUUUGAAAGGGAACUAGGAAAGUAUUACCUCGGGGAUUACUUUAUGAAUCGUUCAGCUAGGGGGUGACUCAACUGUGUAGAGUAUUCUUUGGGGUUGAGGGCUAAUUCAGUAGGGGCUACGAUAGUGAGGGUGGUGGACCAUCGAUUCAUAUAUGAUCGGACCCUUGGUUGCCAAGGCCUACAUCCUUCUCACAACAAUGGGGAAGUCACCAUGGUCAGUGAUCUCGGCAAUAUUUUGUCGGAAAAUAUGCUAUAUAGCACAACUAGUGUUAUAACAUCAAUCCAGGUGACUGCAAGUGAUGGGACAUUUAAAUGUUAUUCGUUUUUCUCAGUAUUUAGCACUAGUAGUGCUAAAGAGUGUUACUCUUUAAAAUAGUAACAUUAGCCAUUUGUGUGAUUUUCAUCCCAGUGUCACACAUUUUUUGGUUUUAUUCAAAAUAUAAUAUUGUCCUAAUGUAAUGUACAAUUUAUAUCCAAUGCUACUAAACUAACCA